UAGGCCACAGGUCAUGCCUUGUAUUCAGCUGUAAAGCUAAUACUUCUUAAUAAUCUAAAUUAUUGUUAACUUAACAGUAUGCUAUCAGAAAACUAUUCUAUUUCAGGGUAAUAACAAACUUGCUCACCAGAGGUCCUCCCUUUGUUUUAAUUUUUCAGAGGGAAUUUUGGAACACACUUUUAGGUAUUUAACUUCUUGUGGGGUUAGGUUUUGAUAAUUGAUGCUGGAUAUUUGUAUAAACUGACCAUUUAUUUUUACUUGCCUUUGUAUAAACUGUUGUCCUAGAGAGCAUAGACACUGAAAACAACAUAACAGGCAGACUAUAGUUAUAACUAUUUUAAUUAUACUUAGCAUAAAAGGUCUAAGCCAUCCUGUAAGGGAAGAGAACCAGUUAGUAAGCCAGCUAAGAGCUGCAUCUUUGGGGAUUUUAGCUACAUCUUCGGCUUUUUGGAUAUGGACAGCUGCAUCAUUGAGGUGGGUUUGUACUAUUGUAAAAGAACUGUUAACCCAAACGCAACAUUCUGGUCCGAUAACCGCACAAGCUCCCCCUUGAGCAGCAAGGAGAAGAUCAAGGGCUAUAUGGUUUUGAAUUACCAUUUGUCGGAGUUCUUCUUGGGUGUCAGCCGAGGCAGCAACGGCCUUUGAGAGGUCUUUGUGACCUUCGCUGAAUUAGUGAGCCAUGAUUUCUAUCACAGCUUGGAGGCAUAAUGUAAAUUUUUUAAGACGCACAGUGCCUAUUCCUGGGAGCAUACUUGCAAGGGAACACCUGAGUAAUACUCCCUUGUGUUGGGAGUCCAGUUACAUCUGUACCAGCCUCAGCGGUUCCUGUUUGUGGAAGUCGGUGGGACAGCAGAGAUCCACUGCUCCUCCAGGGAAAGUGUGGAAUGGGGAGGAAAUGUGCACUGGUAUCUGAGAAGGACGGGUGAGGCCCCCAUGCACUUUAAGAAGUGUGCAGAUGAGCAAAAUGUGAGCAGAUUUGCUUGCAAGCAUAAGGGAUGCACCACAACACUGGAAAUCAGAGUGAUCCAGAGGAAUGAGUCUGGCAUUUAUUACUGUGCACAUGGAUACAGCUCCGCGAUGUUUGGGAACGGAACCACGGUGAUCGUUGGAGACAGCUUCACCGACAGCAGCUCUGUGCUGCUCCUGGGCCCCGUUGCAGGAGAGAACGGAGCCACAGAUCCUGCACAUCUGGCCUGUGUGAUCCGGGGUGUCUCCAACCUGGUCCAGGUGUCCUGGCACGUUCCUGGAGAGGAGCCAGCCCAGGGGCUGCUGCACUCACUGGAAGCCAGUAAUGGGUCCUUAACACUCAUCCAUGGCAUCAGCAUCCCCUGGACCAGCUGGGCCAGCGGGGCAGCCGUCACCUGCGAGGUCACAUUCAACUCCUCUGGCAGCAGCGUUACCAGACAUGCCGUCUAUUCUGCACCUCCUUCCACACCCUGCAUCAUGCUCCCUGUCGUGGCAGCUGGCAGUGCCGUGCUGCUGGUCACGGUGCCCCUGAGUCUCAUCUGGAUCUGCUGCCCUCCCAGAUGGGGAUCCUGCCCCAGGAUGCCAGCACCUCGCAUCUCCCAUCAAAAUCAGGAUGGACUCGUAUAUGUGGACCUGGCGUUUGAGCCGCCACCUUGCCGCAAGCCCAGAAAGCAGCAGGCAGCACAAGGGAAGAAUGUGACGCCAUGAACAGCCGCAUCCACGGGCUCCUUCAUGCGGGGAUGGCGGCCACUUCUUUGCUGAUCGGCGUGCAUCAUGGCAGCCACCAAGAAGUCUCCAUGGGGGUACAUGCUCUCUCUUUGAGGGCGUUCAGACUGGACAGGUCAUUAGGCCCCAAAGAUGAGCGUGGCUGGGGAGGAUGUCGUUUUACAUAGUUGUAGCAAAGACUUCCCAGGAGAACUAGGUGGAACAUUUCCCCCCAUCAUGGGACACUUCAACAGAAACAUAAAUUUCACUUUUUCCCCCUUGAAAUUCCCAGCUGCAAACAUCCCCUGUGGAGGGACCUCAGGUGGACUCUUGAGCUGUUCAGCAAUCAGGGAACAAGAGACAAUCCCCAGGGAGCUGGGCCUGUGUCCAGCCCACAAUCGGACAGGAAGCUGUGCUGCAGUAUCUGUGCUGCGCUCCCACACGAGCUGGGAGGAUGCUGCGCUGUGGGUUUAGCACAUGCACUCUGAAUGCACUCAUCCCACGGCCUUUUCCCUGCCAUCACUACCUAUGCUAACAAGAUUCAGCUACUCUGUGCUAUGAUCCCCCAUGCUCUGGCUGUUUGCAGCCUUCUGACCAAAAAAAUAAACCCCCCAAAUCUUUGUUGCCCAAAAAUGCCAGCUUUUCCUUAUGGGUGAAAAAUUGUUCAGGAAAGAUUUUUGGUAAGAAAAAUCUAGAUGCAAUAUUUACAAUCUCUCUGUGUUGUGGGGGAUGCAGUACGUUAUAAGGCCAGAAGGACCCAGAAUUAUGAUCCUGAGGUGGGUGUUUCUGGCAGUGGCUUCAGCUUUGAGCUCCCUAGUUGUGGUCUGAGUGGCUUGGUGACCUGUGCUGUGCUCUGAGCUACAAGAACAACCCGCCUGAGGAUUUAACCAGCAGCCCAGGCAGGGUUGGUAGCCCCGGAUAGCCUCCAUACACCACAACUGCACCCAGCUCAAGCUAAGGUGUGCUUUCUGCUUAAGCAGCUUGGUGAUCUAUGGUCUUGUUCCUGCCCCUGUCAGCAAUAGGCAGCCUCAUAAUGAAGCAUCUCUGGACCUGCUGCUAAUAUGAUUUAAAGCCUCUUGAUGCCCACCCAGCAGGGCACGGGGUGCAGAGUUAGGGGCAAGUGAUUAAACUCCUAGACUAAGCAAGGGGGAAUGUGAGUGCAAUGUAAAAUGAUGUUUAGGUAUCACAGGGCAGGGUGAUGGCCAGAGGCUGUGACUGGUCCACGUGUCCAGUCCACAGCUCAUAAAAAGCAUAGUCCGUCCCCUAGGUCAGACUGGUGCUGCUGCAAGGGAAAUGAUUCAGAUCCACCAUCGGUCAAUACCCGACUGCUGGAAGUGGCCCCUCAGGUGUGCAAAUGGGGAUGUGCAAAGGUGACCCCUGGAGCUCACUCCCAGCCCUGCUGCUCUGUGAUUCUCUAUGAUGCAUCUGUGCAGCGAUCGGGAAGCAAAAGCAACACUGCACGUGCUUCACACGGAGCAGCUCCCUCCCUUCUGCUCCUCAGUGACUUACGGGGAUUGACCAGUAUUUUCAAGGAAAGAUUUUUUUCCCCCCUUCAUUCUGACUUUCAGAAAUAAGGUGUGUAUCUUCUUCAGGGCAUGUUGUACAUGAGAACAUAUGGUCUGUUGUAUUGUAGCAUAAAUGUUACAUUGUUGGUAUAUAAAUAUAUAAAAACAAUGA